AUGGCGGCCAAGUCGGAUGGCGGCGGCGGCGGCGGCGGCGGCGGCGGCAGCGGCUUCGCCCAGCUGCACAACCUGGACGAGGCGGCGGCGGCCACGGGCGGCGGCGUCGGGGCAGCGGCGGCCGAGGUGGCGGAGGAGCCGGGCGCAAGCAGCUCCUUGCACAUCUGCCACUGCUGCAACACGUCGUCUUGCUACUGGGGCUGCCGGAGCGCCUGCCUGCGGAACCUCUUCGGGCGGGCCGCCGCCACCGCCGCCGCCGAGCCGCUGGCCCCGCGCCCCCCCGCCGCCGCCGCCGAAGGGCCGCCGGAGGGCGGCGAGGCGGCCGAGCGGCCGUGGCUGGACUGCCUGUGGAUCGUGCUGGCGCUGCUGGUGCUGCUGGGGGAUGUGGGCACGGACCUGUGGCUGGCGCUGCACCACUACGGCCGGCGGGACUACUUGUGGUGCGGCCUCACCCUGGCCUUCGUGCUGCUGCCCUCGGUGCUGGUGCAGAUCCUGAGCUUCCGCUGGUUCGUGCAGGACUACACGGGCGGCGGGCUGGGCGCCGUGCAGGGGCUCAGCAGCCGCGGGCCGCCCAUGAUGGGGGGGACCGCGGGCCGGCGUGGGGGACCCGCCGGCGGGGUAGGAGGAGCCGGCGGCACCGCCACCCCCGGGGCGCAGCGCCUCUGCAGGAUCUCCGUCUGGGUCUGGCAGUCCGUCAUCCACCUGCUGCAGAUGGGGCAGGUCUGGAGGUAUAUCCGAACAAUGUACCUGGGGAUCCAGAGCCAGAGGAGGAAGGAACACCAGCGGCGUUUCUACUGGGCUAUGAUGUACGAAUAUGCAGACGUGAACAUGCUGCGCCUCCUGGAAACGUUCCUCGAGAGCGCCCCUCAACUGGUGCUACAGCUCUGCAUAAUGAUCCAAAAGAACCGUGCAGAAACAUUACCAUGUGUGUCCUCUGUGGCCUCCCUGAUGUCCCUGGCUUGGGUGCUAGCCUCCUAUCACAAGCUUCUUCGGGACUCUAGGGACGACAAGAAGAGUAUGAGCUACAGAGGGGCCCUCAUCCAUCUCUUCUGGCGCCUCUUCACCAUCUCAUCCCGAGUUAUUUCUUUUGCUCUCUUUGCUUCCAUCUUCCAGCUCUACUUCGGGAUCUUUGUAGUGGUCCAUUGGUGUGCCAUGGCUUUCUGGAUCAUCCAUGGUGGGACAGAUUUCUGCAUGUCUAAGUGGGAGGAGAUCCUCUUCAACAUGGUGGUAGGGAUUGUGUACAUUUUCUGCUGGUUUAAUGUCAAGGAAGGGCGGACUCGAUACCGAAUGUUUGCGUAUUACACGGUGGUCCUGACGGAGAACGCUGCCUUGACGCUCCUUUGGUAUUUUUACAGAGAUCCUGACACCACUGACUCCUAUGCCGUGCCAGCACUGUGUUGUGUCUUUCUUAGCUUUGCUGCUGGGAUAGCUUUGAUGCUGUUAUAUUAUGGUGUGCUGCAUCCCAUGGGGCCAAGAGCUAAGAUCUUUGCCAGCUCCUGUUGCGCCGAGCUGCUCUGGGGCAUUCCUUUGCCCCCCGAUGUUGAGCCCAUGGCGCCCCAAACCCCUGGGUACCGGGGGGCCCAGGCUACGCCCACCAGAGCGGUCACGGAGCAACAGGAGGAACUCACAGCUGACACUUGCUUGCCCGUUUUCCAGGUGAGAGCAAUGGUACCAUCUACUCCAUCUGGGCGACCCUACCCCCCCGAGGGGCCUCUCAUUAAGAUUGACAUCCCAAGAAAAAGAUAUCCUGCCUGGGAUGCUCAUUUUGUAGACAGGAGGUUAAGAAGAACUAUCAACAUCCUCCAAUAUGUCACCCCCACAGCUGUAGGUAUUAGGUAUAGAGAUGGACCUCUCUUAUAUGAGUUGCUACAAUAUGAAUCUUCACUUUAAAGCUCCUUAAAGCAAAAGUAAAAGAGGGGACCUUAUUUUUGUUUACGGUAAACACAGAUCAUGAAACAAACACAAACCUUCAGAUAAGCUUUCUUUCUGGUUGCUGUAUGUAUAAAAAAAAAAGAUAUUCUCUAUGUUUUGUAAGUAAAAACAAAAAGAAAAACUUUUCUUUUGUUUUUUACACACAAGAAACAGUAUUUCAACUUCCACACCUAGGAUUCACAGGUGGAGAAGGAGGCAUCUCCACAUCAGUUUUAUACCGUACACCAAGUGUAGAACAUUAUUUAUGGGAUUGGUGCUGAUUGAAAAAUAAAAAAUAAAAAAAACAAACAAACAAACCUACAACUGCCUUAUGCCCUUAGGUGCUGAGUUUCAUUAAGUACUGUCACCUUUCUCAUGCAAAACUCUUUGAUGAUUAUAUGCCAGGAAAAAAACAAAAGAAAAACCAACCAUCCAACUG